CUCUCUCUCUCUCUCAUCAUGGCGGAUCCCUACCUCAAUUACUUGAUCAAUAAUGGAGGCUUCACCGCCAGGUGUAAUAAUUAUGAAUUCCCGCCAUCUCCGCCCACUUCGCCGCCGCUCAAGGAGGCUCUUCCCCUGCUGGGCCCGCGGCCCAACGGUGCUUCUUCCAUGGAUCUCGACACCAACAACACGAAGAAGAACGAUGAUCAGUCUUUAUUGGGCGUCAAUCUGAAUUUAGGGCUUCCAACGACUUCUGCUUGUGCCGAUUUUACGGAGUCCGGCAAGGACGAGGAAGAGGCAUCCGGCGUUAGUGUGGCCGCAGCAGUCGUGGGCCCGAUUAAUAAGGGCCAGUAUUGGAUCCCAAGCCCGGCCCAGAUUCUAAUAGGCCCAACCCAGUUUUCCUGCCCGCUUUGUUUCAAGACAUUUAAUAGGUACAAUAACAUGCAGAUGCACAUGUGGGGCCACGGUUCCCAAUACCGUAAAGGCCCCGAAUCCCUUCGAGGCACGCAGCCAACUGCCAUGCUCAGGCUCCCGUGCUACUGUUGCACCCCAGGCUGCCGCAACAACAUUGACCACCCACGUGCCAAGCCCCUUAAAGACUUCCGCACCCUUCAAACCCACUACAAAAGGAAGCACGGCAUCAAGCCCUUUGUCUGCCGCAAAUGCGGAAAAGCCUUUGCCGUGCGCGGUGACUGGCGGACCCACGAGAAGAACUGCGGGAAGCUGUGGUAUUGUGCGUGUGGCUCGGAUUUCAAGCACAAGAGGUCUCUCAAGGAUCAUAUCAAGGCCUUUGGGGAUGGGCAUGGGGCCUAUGGGGUCGACUCGUUCGAGGACGACGAGCACUCGUCCGAAAUCGAGCACUGAUGGUUGUUAUAUAUAUCAAUGCGUCGACUUUUAGUAUUUGUGUUAGUGAUUUUGCGUUACGUUUCCACUCUUGGGUAUAAGUAGAUGCUCGAUCAUAUCGUGGAUUCGUUUUUGAUGAUACGUACGCCAUUAUUCUAUGUAUGUAUGAUUAUGGUGAAACCUUUGAUUUUCAUUAAUUUGGCUCCUUUCAUAUAUCUGUUCACGAGUUAAUGUUUAUAUUAAUUGUUGAUAUUAUUUUGAAAAGAAAUGUGAGAUUUUCGUAUAAGUACUUUAUUAUGAUAUUAUUACCUCAAACAAUUUCGGGGGGAUACCCAUUUUCUGGUACGUACGGCA